AUGCUUCGGAAAGUAUUCUGGCCAAGGACAACCCGCAAUGGCCAUCCCCUAUCCAAACGAGCAAUAGAGUGGGUGAAAACAAAAAUGGAAGAGUGUGACAAUGAUCAUCUUUGUCAUUCUUCAGAGCUCUCUCCCUUGCCAGACAAGGUCCUCUCACUCGAAGCUUCCACCGAAGGCAGCAUCACGGUCAGGCUCACCGAACCAGACAAAGCUCUAGGCAAAUACGCUACUUUGAGUCACCGUUGGAGCUCGGAUCACAACUUCAUCACCACCAUCGAGAAUCUCGGUGACAGAAAAGAAGGAAUAUCGUGGGAAGAGCUUCCGAAAACGUUCCAGGACGCCGUUCGGUUCUGCUUGGAGCUUGACAUACCCUACCUCUGGAUUGACGCUCUUUGCAUUGUUCAAGAUGAUCCCAUGGAUUGGGAGCUUCAAUCCGCAAAAAUGGCAGACAUUUACCAUCAGUCAUGUCUCACGCUGGCCGCAACUUGGUCUAAUUCCAACUCGACUGGGUGCUUCCCAACCCAGGCAGAUGAAUACGCCGAGCACUCAUUGGAAGUUACAAAUUCGACUCAAGACAGCUUCCGACUGAAGGUUCGCCGUAAGCUUCCCCAUUGGGCCACUGAUCCAACGGCGAUGCCAACACGGGACAACCCGCUGCUCUCCAGAGCCUGGGUAUUCCAGGAACGAGUGCUGUCGCCCAGAGUCCUUCAUUUUUGCCUACGAGAGAUGAUUUGGGAGUGUUGUGAACACACAAUAUGCGAAUGCGGAGGACUAUCGAACAGUCUCAAUCUGAAAUCAUUAUUCGCGCUUGCUUCACACCUGAAAAUCAGCAAUGACCAACCCGAAAGCGAAAGUGAAAGCUCAAGCAGAGAGGACGCUGUACAGUCUGUGAUAUCACAAGUGAAUGAGCGGCAAUCAAUUGGAAGGCUCGAUCCCGAUUUUGAUGAGGUCAAUGAUCAACUUGAUACUCGAGAGCAGAGGCUCAGAGCAUCCAGGGAGGAUGUCAUGAAGACCUACAAUUUGCAAAUGAAGGAGAUACUCGUACCCGUCAAACAGUGGCAUGGUCUCGUGGAGCACUACUCCAAGCUAAAGUUGACGAAGCAGACUGAUCGCCUUCCAGCGCUGUCGGGUCUUGCACAUCGCAUGGCCCCUUUUCUCGGCGAUUAUCACGCAGGACUAUGGAAGUCAUCCCUCUUUCUCGAUCUUGCUUGGGCGGCCGACAAACCUUCAAGUCAUCUGAAUCGCUCUCGGGAAUACAUUGGUCCCUCUUGGUCAUGGGUGUCUGUAAACGCAGGCGUUCGCUAUUUGAACGCAGAAGAUAUUUGGCUCUCGCCUGAACAGAGCUACGUCCAUGAUACGGACCACUCGUGGCAAAAGUCAUCUUAUAGACAACCAAUACUUCGGUCGAUUCAAGUCAAGGCCAAAGGGAGAAACGACUAUGGCGAGAUUUCUUCCGUCACCUUGGCUGUCUCGGGUCUUUUACGCUCGGCCAGCCUAGUUGUCAACCCAGCCUUCCUAUCACCCAGGGACAUGACCACCUUUGAACUUGAGAUAGAGCUUUCUGAAGCGUCUUCGUGCAAAGUACCAUCCGUAAGAUUACCAUUCUCGGCAGAUUAUCUUCUCAAUGAUCGAAUUGGGCGCGAGCGAGGGGCACUCUAUCUCUUUGCACUCUUCCCGAGGGUAUGUCUCGUUUUGUCGGACACGCGCCUGCGGAGGGGGGAAUUGAAGGUUUACCAAAGAGUCGGUAUUGUUCAGUUGACUGAGCACCUUGAAUCAAGGUAUGGAAUUGACUGGCUACAUGGCGCACAACACUGCGAGAUUAUGAUAAUUUAG